AUGAGUGAAACGUUUAUAGACUUACAUGUAUCCUGCCCGGCAGCCACUUGUUCAAAUACACAAAUAACUUAUUGGGUUCAUGCAGCCGAUUCAGGAAGGAUGGAAAUAUCUAACCGUGCUCGUUUACGAUGUGGAAGGUGUUAUACUACUGAGCAUAUGAAGAACUGGUUAUUCGCUUGUUCCGAUCAUGAAGGAGUGUAUAAAGAAACAAGUUAUGAUUCAUUCACAAAAGCUUUAAAUCUUGCUUUCAAGAAUCAAGGCAACAAACAAGGUGACUAG